GGCCGCCGCCGCCGCAGCCGCUCCGCGCCCGCGGUUACAGCGCGCCCGGGAGCUCACGGCCGCCGGAUCGCCGCGCUGCUCCCCCCCUUCCCCCCUCCGCGAGCACAGCGAGAGCCGCGGCGGCCGCAGCCGCGUUGCGGUGGGAAGGUGGGAGCCGCGUUUGGCAGCCGGGGAAGGAAACCUUCUAAACAGGCUUUGUCUUGGAAAUCAGCAUCUCGUCGUUCCUGCCGCCCGGCGUGCUGCCGGCGGGGGCGAAAGCCACAUUUUUGCCUCAUUUGUUCUUUCCGCCGCCCCAGGCAUGUCUUGACAUAGCCGCGAGAGAGAGAGCCGGCCGUGUUCGUACGCUUCCGACGGAUGUCUCUGGCCGCAGCGAUAGCGGCUGGGCUUUGAGCCUGGGGAGCGUCUAUCGGUGCGAGCGUGUGCGAAAUUCCCGUGAUCAAGAUCUGAAGAAGGAAGAACUGGAAGAAAGGAGCAGUUGUGUUGGUUUUUCUUCUUGCUGGGUCAGCCCUCCUGGAUGGUUGCAUUACUCUCUUGUGGACACAUUGUCAAGCGCCUACAGAGAAAGAGGUUUGAUUAUUUUUCCCCGUGAUUGGUUUUCGUCAGGAUCAUCGUGCAGAAAUAACCACUUUUCUCCCAGUUUGCUGGUCCGCACCGAGGCAGCAGGAAUAUGCUCAUGAAGGAGUACCGGAUCUGUAUGCCGUUGACAGUUGAAGAGUACAGAAUUGGUCAGCUGUACAUGAUAAGCAAGCAUAGCCAUGAGCAGAGUGAUCGAGGUGAAGGUGUGGAAGUGGUACAGAAUGAACCCUAUGAAGAUCCAAACCAUGGCAAUGGUCAGCUAACAGAAAAACGAGUCUAUCUCAACAGCAAACUGCCUAGCUGGGCUAGAGCAGUUGUUCCCAAAAUAUUUUAUGUGACAGAGAAGGCUUGGAAUUAUUAUCCUUAUACAAUCACAGAAUACACAUGUUCAUUUUUGCCUAAAUUCUCCAUUCAUAUAGAGACAAAAUACGAGGACAACAAAGGAAGCAACGACAGUAUUUUUGACAAAGAAGCUAAAGAUCUGGAGCGAGAAGUCUGCUUUAUUGAUAUUGCCAGCGAUGAAAUUCCUGAGCGCUACUACAAAGAGUCAGAGGAUCCUAAAUAUUUCAAGUCACAGAAAACUGGGAGAGGCCAACUAAAAGAAGGCUGGAGAGAGACCCAUCAGCCAAUUAUGUGUUCUUACAAACUUGUGACUGUGAAAUUUGAAGUCUGGGGACUUCAGACCAGAGUAGAGCAAUUUGUACACAAGGUGGUCAGAGACAUCCUGUUGAUCGGUCACCGGCAGGCUUUUGCCUGGGUUGAUGAGUGGUAUGAUAUGACUAUGGAUGAUGUUCGAGAAUACGAGAAAAAUAUGCAUGAAAAAACCAACAUUAAAGUUUGCAACCAACAUUCAUCUGCUGUGGAUGAAAUAGAGAACCAUGACAAAGCAAGAACAUGACAAUGGAUGAAGUCCGAGAGUUCGAACGAGCAACUCAGGAAGCCACCAACAAGAAGAUUGGGAUUUUCCCACCUGCAAUAUCUAU